AUGUUUCAGGACUCGGUGGCUUUCGAGGAUGUGGCUGUGAACUUCACCCAGGAGGAAUGGUCUUUGCUGGAUCCUUCCCAGAAGAAUCUCUACAGAGAAGUGAUGCAGGAAACCUUGAGGAACCUGGCCUCUAUAGGAGAAAAAUGGAAAGACGAGAACAUUGAAGAUCAGUACAAAAAUCCCAGGAAUAAUCUAAGAAGUCUUCUGGGAGAGAGAGUCGAUGAAAAUACAGAAGAAAAUCAUUGUGGAGAAAUUUUUAGCCAGAUUCCAGAUGACGCACUGAACAAAAAAACUUCUCCUGGAGUAAAAUCAUGUGAAAGCAGUGUGUGUGGAGAAGUCUUCCUGGGUCAUUCUUCCCUUAAUAGGCACAUUAGAGCUGACGCUGCACACAAGCCAUCUGAGUAUCAGGAAUAUGGACAGAAGCCAUAUAAGUGUCAACAACGUAAGAAAGCCUUCAGAUGUCACCCCUCCUUUCAAACGGAAGAAAAGGCUCACACUGGAGAAAAACUCUAUCAUUGUAAAGAAUGUGGAAAAACCUUCAUAUCCCGUUCAAGCAUUCGAAGACACAUGAUAAUGCACAAUGGAGAUGGACCUUAUAAGUGUAAGUUUUGUGGGAAAGCCUGCCCUUGUCUCAGAGUAUGUCUUAUACAUGAACGAGUUCACACUGGAGAGAAACCAUAUGAAUGUAAACAAUGUGGUAAAGCCUUUAGUUAUUCAAAUUCCCUUCAAAUACAUGAAAGAACUCACACUGGAGAGAAGCCUUAUGAAUGUAAGGAAUGUGGGAAAGCGUUUGGUAGUCCCAAUUCCUUUUAUGAACAUAAAAGAAUUCACACUGGAGAGAAGCCAUAUGAAUGCAAACAAUGUGGAAAAGCCUUCAGAUGGUUCCAUUCCUUUCAAAUACAUGAAAGAACUCACAGUGAGGAAAAGCCUUAUGAAUGUACCAAAUGUGGGAAAGCAUUCAAGUCCUUCAUUUCUUCCACUUCCUUUCGAUAUCAUGAAAGGACUCACACUGGAGAGAAACCCUAUGCUUGUAAGCAAUGUGGGAAAGCCUUCAGAUCUGCCUCACACCUUCAAAUGCAUAAAAGGACUCACACUCAAGAGAAACCCUAUGAAUGUAAGCAGUGUGGUAAAGCCUUCAUUUUUUCCACUUCCUUCCGAUAUCAUGAAAGGACUCACACUGGAGAGAAACCCUAUGAGUGUAAGCAAUGUGGGAAAGCCUUCAGAUCUGCCUCACACCUUCAAAUACAUGAAAGGACUCACACUGGAGAGAAACCCUAUGAGUGUAAGCAAUGUGGAAAAGCCUUUAUUUCUUUCAGUUCCGUUCGGUACCACGAAAGGACUCACACUGGAGAGAAACAGUAUGAGUGUAAGCAAUGUGGGAAAGCCUUCAUGUCUUCUACUGCAUUUCAGUAUCAUGAAAAGACCCACACUGGAGAGAAACCCUAUGAAUGUAAGCAAUGUGGGAAAGCUUUCAUUUCUUCCAGUAGCCUUCGAUAUCAUGAAAGGACUCACACUGGAGAGAAACCUUACGAAUGUAAGCAGUGUGGUAAAGCCUUCAGAUCUGCCACUCAACUUCAAAUGCAUAGAAAGAUUCAUACUGGAGAGAAACCCUAUGAGUGUAAGCAAUGUGGGAAAGUCUACAGAUCUGCCUCACAACUUCGAGUACUUGAAAGGACUCACACUGGAGAGAAACCCUAUGAAUAUAAGCAAUAUGGGAAAGCCUUCAGAUCUGCUAAGAACCUUCAAAUACAGACAAUGUAAACAAAUGUUUAUAGCAACUGCCUACUAACAUGUUAUUCUCUAUUUGUUGUUGUUGUUUGAGAUGGAGUCUUGCUGUGUUGCCCAGGCUGGAGUGCAGUGGUGUGAUCUUGGCU